GAUUUUCAUGUUGGAUGUUGGAUCCAGGAUCAUCAGUUGAGUUAGCUAUUAUAACCUCAAAUAAAUAAAUGCAAUUGAAAUUUUAAUUUAUCCGCAAUCUUAACAAUUUAAAGUUUACUAUUCUGACAAUUUAUUGAAGUCUGACGCAUCCAAACUGAAGUCUAUUCGUCUAUGUUGAUGUAUUCAUGAUUGAGGAACGAUGUAUCGAUCAAACAGUCGACUACAGCUCAGUCCUUUCCUUUCUUUGCCGAUGUGAUGCGGUGCCUUCGAUCCCGUUCCGGGAUUAUUUAGCAUAGUUCACUUAAUUUAAGAUGGAAGAAGAAUUGACGAAAAAAUAGAGGAGUAGGAGCCUAGUUUUGAAACAUAUACACCAGAGAAAAUUGCCAGAGCGGCGGGAUCCCGAACGAAUCCGAAGAUGUUCAAGAAUACCUUCCAAAGUGGUUUCCUGUCCAUCCUGUACAGCAUCGGCAGCAAACCGUUGCAAAUCUGGGAUAAGAAGGUGAGGAACGGACAUAUCAAGAGGAUCACUGACAACGACAUCCAGAGCCUUGUUCUGGAGAUACUAGGCAGCAACGUCAGCACAACGUAUAUCACAUGUCCUGCGGACCCGAGGAAGACUUUGGGUAUAAAGUUGCCCUUUCUGGUGAUGAUUAUCAAGAACCUGAAGAAGUACUUCACAUUCGAGGUUCAG